GGUAGUAAACAGUAAUCACGUUACAACCCGGAAGCACUGCGCUUCUCUGAUGAACGUUUGAACAGAAAGAAUGACCGAUUUAUCUCCAGCACAGACGGUUAAACGCGAUGCUGCCAACGUCGUCAAGCCUUCCGUAGUCACAUCGGCGUGUUAAUCCUCGGUGCCGGCGGAGCGGGCGGUCAACUGCGGGCAGCAACGCCCUGAUGAGCCGCCGAGUCGGUCAGAAAUCCCGUCGCUGUUUACAAGUCGCUCCGAGAGCCCGUUUCCCCGCAGUGUGUCGUUAGCUAACCGAGAGAGUGUUUUUCAGACGGGAGGCGAAAACAUGGCUGAACUGCAUGUAGUGGAACCGAGCGGCACUGGCACCAUAGAGCAGCCCGAGCACCGCGACUCGGUCCGGGGCUCGGUGCGUCUGGCGUCGCCCACUCUCAUGGUUCCUCCGCGGAGCAGCCAGCUCAGUCCCGGCGGGGUGUCGAGCACUAGCGGCAGCGGCGGUGGAGCCAGGUCGGUGUUCGGGUUCCCGGUGAAGAGCAACCCGAGCUCCUCGUCCGAACCGGUGGACAAGCCGGGCUCCCGCUGGGUCCGGCUGAACGUCGGCGGGACCUACUUCAUCACGACCAAACAGACGCUGUGUAGAGACCCCAAGUCCUUCCUGUUCAGGCUGUGUCAGGAGGACCCGGACCUGGACUCUGACAAAGACGAGACAGGAGCCUACCUGAUCGACAGGGACCCCACAUACUUCGGCCCCAUCCUCAAUUACCUUCGACACGGAAAGCUGAUCAUGGACAAGAAUCUGGCUGAAGAAGGUGUUCUCGAGGAAGCCGAGUUCUACAACAUCGCGUCGCUGGUCCGGCUGGUGAAAGAGAGGAUACGGGACAACGAGAACCGCACGUCUCAGGGCCCGGUGAAGCAUGUGUACCGAGUACUACAGUGCCAAGAGGAGGAGCUCACACAGAUGGUUUCAACCAUGUCGGACGGCUGGAAGUUUGAGCAGCUCAUAAGUAUCGGCUCCUCGUAUAACUACGGCAACGAGGACCAGGCGGAGUUUCUAUGUGUCGUUUCCCGGGAGCUCAACAACUCCACCAACGGCAUCGUCAUCGAGCCCACUGAGAAGGCCAAGAUCCUUCAAGAACGAGGCUCGCGGAUGUGAAGAGACCCAGAUCCUGAGCCCAGCAACACUUUAUCAACAUUAACAUUUUCUCCAGUUUUCAUCAAACCGCCUCCAUCAUCAUCGUCGUCCUCAUCCUGCUCCCUUCUCCUCUGGUGUGCCUUUCCACAGCGCCCUCCUCCUUUCCUUCAGUGCUGCAACGCCGCCCCGACUUGUCGUCCCAUUUCUUCUCCUCCAGUUUAAAAGAGGUGACAAGCCAGUGGUUUUUCUUCAUCGCAGCUUUUUUUCGAUGGUCAGUGUCGCGGCGGCGAAGGCUACGGUGCCGAUUGAAGCCUCUCGUUGCCGCUGGUGGAUGGACGCCCAGCGCGGAGCUACUUUACAUCGUCAUCUCCAUCGCUUUUAUCAAACAGGAUCCUUCCUCUCUUACACGUUUGGCUGUCGAUUUAGCAGAAAUCUCCUCAGGACUCUCAAAGGACAUAAAGGAAUGAAAACAACUCCACUGACUGAGCCUCUCUCUACCUGAACCUGUCGAUGGAGCGAUCGUCGACGGCCGCCGACUCCGUGGAUUUGCAGGCGGCGGCACAACAAACCUCUCGAUACGGAGGUCCGAUCACGACGCCCCGCUCCUCUUUUUUUCCAGUUUUCUGGCUCGAUUCGAUCUGUGAGAAUUUCCACGAAAAGAAAUGACUCGGAAAAAAAAAAGAAAAAAAGACUUAAACUACACUAGUGUACACUUUGUCAAGGCAUGUGAGGAAUCUAUAUAAAUCUAUAUAGGCUACAUGAUGAAAUUAUAUGGAAAAAUUGAAUGCAAAUGGUGUAAUUAUUGAUUUCUGUAUCAUAGUUGUCAUAUAUUUACAUAUUCCGGUGGGUGAGUCUAUUUAAAACGAUGGAGAAAGAAGAAUAUCAGUUUUCCCGCCCGGUUCGCCUGGGUGUGGCUUUGUGUACGCAGUGCCUCUCUGCUUUCUGUCCAUGACUGAAAUAUCACCAGUUUUUCAGCUGCACGUUUUCUGUAGUGUUCCUCGAGGGAAAAAAAAGAAGAAAAAACAGCUACUGUCAAUGGUUUUCUCUUAAAUAUCCUACUUUGAUCUAUUGCAUAUCUUAAAAUUGUAAUUAGGGAUAAGGAAAACUACUGUCAUCGCCAUUUGUCCGGACAAGCGUGGCGUGGCGGCGGUUGGACCGUGGCCAGUCUGUAUGCUGCCUCAAAGCCUCGAAUCCGUGUGCUAAUCCCACGCCGACACUCGCUCACCCUGCAGCCGCCUCUCGUCGCCGCUCCUCGGCUUUUAACGCCCAAAACGACUGUGUUGUCUCACGUUCUGCAGCACUUGUAGCAACCGUGGCGCAAGCUGAACUGUACCGCUCACGCUUCAAAGCCCUGAGACACCUGAGCCUGCAUCACCACAGAUUCACACACCGGGAGUGAACCUGCCAGAUGGGAAACGUCCUCAGUCUUUUCUUUUCUGAGCUUCUGAGGGAAGCCUUUAUUUCAGACGUUGUGUGACGUUUUGUUUCCGUGCCGGCGGAUGGGUACUAACGCGGCCGAAGCGCGUUUCUCUGGAAAUGUACUCCAUUAAGUUGCCGUGUGAUCGCGCUGUUUUCUGAACACUGACGUAGACAUAAAAGCCCGCCUGAUUCCAGUUUAUGCAUGAGAAUUUGGUGAUUUUUGUGCUCUAUCAAGAGCUAAAACUGGCAGAAAAUGUCUCUUUACUUUUUAGUCAUUUAUGAAGCAGAAAUUGCUCAUUUUUUCUGUUUUAUUAUUGUAAAAUGAGGUUUGUUAAAACAAAAAACAUUUUCAGAUGCCAUCUUUGGUAAAUGUGUUGAGAAUUUACUAUUUUCAGACAUUUUAUGUGUGCAGAAAGUGAAAAAAGGAGUUCAUACACCUUGUCAAAAUUUGCUAAAUUCAUUUUUAAAAAAUUAACAUGCUGAUUGAUUGGAGUGUACAACCCAUUUCUGCACAUUUUAGGCUUACAAUUUUGGUUGCAGCCAUCCCAGCUUCCUUACUUUUGCUCUUUUGCACUCAUUUUCAAUUAAAACGUCACUAUUUGACCUAGAAAAUAGCAAAAAGUGCACCUCCGGGUGUCUUUUUUGACAUACCAACAGUCCAAAACUCAAAAAUAAGCAAUUUACAGAUGCCUUCUUGGGUAAAUAUGCUGAUAAUUUACUAUUUUCAGGCAUUUUGUGUGUGCAAAAAGUGUAAAAAAAUGGUUUGAACAUCUUGCCAAAAUUAGCAAAAUUCAUUUAAAGAAAGUUAUUAUACUAAUUGAUUGGAGUGUACAAACCAUUUCUGCACAUUUGAGACUUACCAUUUUGGUUGCAGCCACCCCAGCUUCCUUACUUUUGCUCUUCCUGCCACUAACAACAGACUUGGCUUUCAUUUUCAAUUAAACACGCUGCUGUUUGGGCGAUAAAAUGUCAGAAAAUGGCAAAACAGUGCAUCUCCAAGUGUCAUUUUUUGGCAUAUCAACAGUCCAAAACUCAAAAAUAAGCAAUUUUGCACCUGUAGAAGAAGGGAAAAGUGACAAAUUUUGGCAUUUCUGCUUCAUAAAUGACUCAGGUGAAUUAAUAGUGAAACUCUUCAUUUCUGUCAGUCGGCUAUAUUACAAUGUGACUGUGAUGUUGGUGUAAACGCAGCCUUUUCACACGAGCAACUUAAUGCAAAGUGUGAGCCAUAUUUACACAUAUCAGAUGGUGAAUCCAAACAUCUUGUUCGCGUUUUAAUCGCUGCUCCUGUAGAGCUAAGGAGCUUUUAUCAUCGCCGACACCCGUCGUGGCAUCGAUCACUUUGAUAACCCAUCGUUUGUACAGAGAACAUAUCUGAUGCAGAUACCAAGCAUGAACAAAAAGAAUGCGUUUUAAACAGGGGGGGAAAAAAGAAAUUGCUGUCGUCAUGCUCCCUGACCAGUCAGGCCUCAGAGCUCAGACUUUGAUGUGACUACUUCUUCUUUGUUUGUUUUUUUAUUAUUUUUAUUUCCUCUCGAGUGUGUGUUUUUGUGUAGUUUUAUUCUACUAAUCAUGAGCAGACCGUGUGCUGCUGAAAAUGCCCAUAACGUCUCAUUGAGGAGCACCUUUUUUCUCUCUUGUUGUUCUCUGGGCCCUUUGCAAAGCACCUUGGGUGUCGUUUCCCUUCGUCUGUGUCCGGUGUUGUGCCUUUGACCUGUGUUGUGCACAGUUGUACUCCCCUCUUAUCAUACGGUGCCUCUCAUACCUUAAAAAAGCCAGGAGGCACCUACCUGAGGUGUAGUGUAUACAGGUUGGUUUCUGUUGUUCGUGUUCCAGUAAGAGGCAAGCCAAACAAAACCGUUAUCCCUCGAGUUAUUUUCAGUUUUAUUAUAUAUAUAUAUAUAUAUAUAUAUAUAUAUACCGACAAAACAGCUGCUUUCUUUGUGCCAUUGCUUUACAGCUAAAUCCACCCACAAUCCCUUAGGCUCCUGGAGAUUCAAAAUUGUGUCCAUAUCUGCUGUAAACACUCGCGGUGGCUGGUUGUCGUGUUUACACCACAACCAAAUGGGAAGACCGUUCUGCUUGUAUCUUAGUAAAACUCCAGCGGUGCACUUGAUAUCGGGAAUCGAUUCGACUACAAACUUGCUUCUUGUUUCUUGAGUUGCAUGCUGAAACCACCUAUAAUGACCCUUUCUUUUUUUUUUUAACAUGUUUGUAAUCAACGUUUUAAAGCAUUUACUGUAACUUUGUGAACCCUGUUUGAUCUUACCUUGGUUGCACAGUUCAGUGGUUCCCAACUUCAGAGUGGGCAAGAAAGCAAAAAAGAGAAAGUUGCAAUGUUUUAGAUUUUCCUUCAGUCGCUGCUUUUAUCACGUCGGCCAUGCUAGCAGCAAGAACUGAACCAUUAAGAGAUUUCAAAUGGAACAGAAAUUAGAAACGAUGCAGUUAGUGACCUGAAAAGGCUGCAAUUUCAGAUAAACAUUAUUUAGACCUAUUACAAAGUUAGCAUGCUAAGCUAAGGGGAAGAACAUGAUAAACGUCAUAGUUGCCAUCAACAUGUUAGCGUUGUCACUGUGAGCAUGUUUAGCUGUGUUAGCAUUUAGCUUCACUUCUAUCCCUAAAGUCUCCCAUUUUCUCAUUCAGGGAACUUUCUCAAUCAAGGUUCCAAGUCCAGGGAAUGUUUACUUUUCGGGAACAUUUUCAAAACAGUCUGUGGACUGAUUUUUUUUCUUUUUUCCAACAUUUGUGAAAUAUUCUCCAAACAGCGAAUGUUUUAGGUGAUGUGUAAUAAAAUGCACAUCAUAGCUAACUAUGUUUCAUGCUUAGUGCUAGUACAAUGUUAGCUUGCUAAAAAUGGGAAAACACCUUCUAAACUUUAGUGUGUUAGCAGGCUAAUGUCAUCAUUUAGCUCAAAAUAAUGCUGUUCUUAAAUGCAGCCUCUCACUGCUAGCAUGGCUGUAGACUCCUAACCAAAUGACUUUACUGAUUAUUGCGCAUCCCAGUCAGCUGUAUUUUGUGCUUUGUGCUAAUAAAUAAAUGUUAGCAUGCUAACAUGAUAAACUAAGAUGUUUAACAAAAACAUUUAUACUUUGUGAAAUUAACUCUUUUAACAAGCUAAUGUUAACAGUGCGACUUCAGUAACUAACAUGCAGAUCUAAGCUGGUUAACAACGGAAAUGCAUGUCUUCUAAAUUUAAGCAUGCUAGUAGGCUAACGUUAGCAUUUAGCUCAAAAUAAUGCUGUUCUUAAAUAUUGUACUCUGACUGCUAGCAUGGCUGUAGACUCCUAACAGAGUGAUCUUACGGGUUAGUGCACGUUCCAGUCAGCUGUAUUUUGUGCUAAUAAAUAAAUAUUAGCAUGCUAACAUGAUAAACUAAGAUGAUUAGCAAAAAAUAUGUAUUUUGUAAACCUAACAAGCUAAUGUUAACAGUGUGAAUUCAAUGACUACUUUGUGCUUAAUAUUAGUGAAUAGAUGUUAGCAUGCUAACAUGUGAAUCUAAGAUGGUUAACAGCUGAAAUGUAUGUCCUUUAAAUUUAAACAUGCCAGAAAGCUAAUGUUGGUAUUUAGCUCAAAGCUCUUCAAGCUAGCAUGGCUGUCCAUUUUAACUGUAAUAGUGGCAUGAUUGUAAUGUUACCAUGCUAACAUGCUAAGUUAAAAUGGCUAACAAGGUAAACAUGGACCCUCGGGCUUUAAGGAUGUGAUUAGCAGCCUCUCGCUGCUAGCAUGGCUGUAGAAUCUUGAGUGUUUUCUUGCGAAUUGCCAGAUUGUUUUACUUCUUUAGGAACCAAAUACAUAUUCAAGUCAGAAAAGUGGAAGAUGUUUUUCCUUGAACUGGUACACCCCGUAGACGUAUGCAACCUGUGAUUGGGGUUUGCUUUAUUUUAAGGGAUCACAAGCCAAAAUACGUUGGGAGCCACUGAACUAGCUGAACUUUGUCGUGUGAUUAUCCUAGUAUUUGACUAAAACCACUUAUUUAAAACAAAAAAGGAACUUUUGACCAUUGGAUUUUAUUUUCACCUGCACUAGUUAGUCUCCAGAUAAUGUGCAAUGUUAACAAAUCUGCAAAAAAAUUAUCUCUGUUGUUUGGGCACGUGAAAACAUGAGAGCAUGCAUUGUUCUAGAGAUUAUGAUGUUGUGUACUGGAUUUUGUCUGACCUCUGUGUUAGUGCAAAGUGUAUGUGAUGCAUGGUGGGGGAGCAGAGAGACGGCAUGGCUCUGUGGUUUGUAGGUGUAGAUUUCUAGUGUGGAACGGUUGGUCUACAACUAGACAUAUUCUCUACUCACAUGUUCCGUUUCUUUGUUGGUUUUGUAUCUUCGUCACGUCAAUUUAACUUAACGGUAGAUAAAGAAUAGCUAGCUUUGACCACAAAUUAACCAAUCAGUCAGACUGCAGACCCUACCACCCUCAACCUUGGUUUAUAUAGCAUUUAUGCGACCUACAGGUCAACACGCAAAAAAAAAAAAAAAAAAAAAACAUAAAAUAAGAAAUUAAAAAAAAAGAUUUUUUUAAUUCAUGGAUCAUUUUGCCAGUUAAUCUGUAAACACCUGCAUGCAUUUGUGGACAUGCACACUUGUACACUCAUUUAGACGUAUUGAAAAUGUCACCUAUUAACUUACUUUGUGUUCAUUUAUCAACAGUAUUGAUGUCAAAUGUGAAUAUUGUCAAUGGAGACUGUGGAGAAAUGUUUGGAAGCUGACAAAACAUUUUGUCCGAUUGUUUGUUUCAUUUUUAUUUAUUUUAUAUUUUUUGAAUUUUGUCUACCAAUGUCGUUUCUUUACAUGUAUCAAUUUUAACAAAACCCAGUCUGGUUUUUAAUCAUAAAAUGUGUCUGUGUUUUAAAA